AGCCACUAGGAAGGAGAAAAAGAGGAAGAACAAAGAGGAGGUUUAUGGAUGUGGUGAGGAAAGACAUGCAAGUGGAUGGGUUGAAAAAUGCGGAGUAGAAGACAGUAGUAUGGAGACAGAUGAUCUGCUGUGGCGACCCCUAAUUGGAGCAGCUGACAGAAGAAUGCGUUUACAGUGUUUUUUAAAAAGCGGUCUUAUCACAUUAAGCCCCCACAAACCAGCAAUGCUUCUUCUUUUGCUUUAUUGGUGAUGCCUUUUAAUUGACAAAAGACUAUUAUUUUUGCAUUGUAUUUAAUAGAAUUUUUUUUAUCAACAAGGUCCUACAACUAUGCAUUGACUACAGUGUCGUCAUCGGGAAACACAUCGGGAAUACACUGUCUACAAGCGAGUCGGUUCAUUUAAAAGAGCCGAUUGAAGAGAGUCGCCGGGAACACUACAUUACCCAGGGUGCGCGGGGAAAAGCUACGUCAGAUUUUUACCCCCGUCCGCAAUUCCUCGCGUGUGUUUACGGUAGAGAGCAGCAGGCAGGAGUGCAGAGCAGUGUACGAGCACUGGGAAUAGGGCAAGGAUCAUGGCAGAAGCAGAGGGUCCGGAUCUGGACGAGGAUCCGGUGACUCCUGGGGGUCGUGCGGCUCGCGUUCCCCGGGUGUCGUUUGGGGAACCAGGACAGGCCACUUUCGGUGUAGUUGGCCAUCUAUUUGGUCAGCAGCCCUCUCUGAAGUUCGACAAGAACAUCAAGCAGGCCUUCUACAACACGGGCGCCAUGAUCUUCGUGGCGAUCUGUUGCGGCGCCGCGGUGCUUGUCUACUUCAUCCUGGAGGCGUUCCUGCGGCCGCUGCUCUGGGCUGUGCUCUGCGGCACCUUCCUGCACCCGUUCAAGCACUCCCUGGCGCGCGUGGGACGCUCGUGGCUCGGCGGGCUCCAGGCCAGCGGCACGCCCAUCGUGCUGGGAACGCUGCUCGUGCCGGUGCGCUGCGUGAACCACGGGGUCGAGGCGCUGGGCGCGCUGCUGCUCGACCGCCUCAAGAUGCUGCUGGUGAUCGGCACCGGCGCGCCCCUCCUUUACUUUUUCUACCUGACCUGGACCAUCAUCGGUAUGCAGGCUGUCCUCCAGUACCUGUGUGACGUCAUAUACCACGUGCUCGACUGGUUCAGCGCUGUCUGGGUCGGAACAUUAGUGAUAGGUUAUGUGCUGGCUGUGGUGUUUAAGUGGACACCAGCGAUGGAAGGUUACCUGCGUGCCAUGUCGGUGCCCAUUUGGACUGUUCUUAUAUUCUACCUUGUGUCUCUGACAGGAGCCUGGCGUGUGCCCAUGUUUGUGCUAGCGGUCAUUCUGCUAAUAGUGGGCUCUCAGGAGAAAGCACCGGUACCGGGAAAAGGGGAACUACCAGGACAGGUCCUUUCCUUUGCUGCCAACACCAUCUAUAUGGCCAUUACCUGCAGUAACCACCAUCCUGUGUCUAAGAAUGAUGAAGCAAGAGAUACAAAAACACAAACUAACACUAACAACCAAGACGACUCUAAAAUGAACGAGGUUUUUACCACACCGCUGCGGCCCCGUCCAAAUUUCCAGAGUCUUAUGCACAAGGAGAAAGCCAGUGAUAUCUAUUUUGUGCUCCUGGUGUGGGCCAUCGUGCUGUUGCAGAUCUGGCUCAACCUCUGGAUUCUACAGCUGUUACCCAUCCCCUUUGCUGUGUGGGUAAUAAAGAGGUUGGUGGUGCAUUUUGGGGUGAAGAAGUUCGCGGAGAGAACAUUAGCAGCAUGGUGGGUGGUCCUGGAGAGUUUUCUCAGAGACAGAAAGGAUGCACUGUUGCCUGGACCAAUUAAAGGCCUCGCACAGUUUCUACUGCGGGUUGAUACCAAGCUCUGGCAUUGGCUUAACAAGCAGAUGAUCAUAUGGUUGGAGAAAUCCUUGGAUAAACUGAUCAGUAUCUUUAUCAUCUUUCUCCUGGUCACAGGGACACUCCUCAUGGCUCUCUUGCUCACUGCUAUGGUGCAUCAUGAAAGCGCUCAUAUUAUAGAGGUCACCAGCAACCUGAUCAACGAGACUCUUGCCAACCAUCCUGAGUGGGCCAACUGGCUUCCAGAGGCUCGUGUUGUUCAGAAAGCUCUAAACUCUGCCGCCACAAACGUGUACCAGCAUGGGAGAGAGUGGAUAACUCAAAAGCUCCACAAAAUGUUGGGUGAGAAAGUGAACAACACUGCAGUGAUCGAGAAACAGGUUCUGGAGCUGUGGGACCGACUUUACCACUCGUGGUUCGUCAAGAACGUGACGUACAGCGGACGCCAUCGUGGAUACAAGCAACACCUCCAGAGGCAGCACAGCUGGCUGGGAGACAUACUGGACUGGCAGGAUAUUGUCUCUUUCCUGCAAGACAACAUAGAAACCCUGCUAUCGGUGAGUGUAUUUGUAUUGUGGAGUCUCUGGGUCGUAAUGAGUCGAAAUGUUGGUUUGCUGAUCUCCACAACAACUACGCUGCUUACUGUACUGUUCCACAGCGGCACGGCGCUGCUCAACUUUGUCCUCUCGCUGGUGAUUUUCCUGACCACACUGUUUUACUUACUGAGCUCCAGUGGAGAGUACUACAAGCCUGUGAAAUGGGUGAUUAGUCUCACACCCCUGUCCCAGCCUGGACCUUCAUCCAACAUCAUCGGCCAGUCUGUGGAAGAGGCCAUAAGAGGUGUAUUUGAUGCGUCUCUAAAGAUGGCAGGAUUUUACGGCCUCUAUACCUGGCUUACACACACUAUCUUUGGCAUCAACAUCGUCUUCAUCCCCUCAGCGAUGGCAGCUAUUCUUGGUGCCGUGCCAUUUUUGGGCACAUACUGGGCGGCAUUGCCUGCUGUGCUGGAUCUGUGGCUGGCGCAAGGUGAAGGUGUUAAAGCCCUGCUGCUGCUCCUCGCACACCUGCUGCCCACCUACUUCGUUGAUACGGCCAUUUACUCAGACAUAUCAGGUGGGGGUCAUCCUUAUCUGACAGGCCUAGCCGUGGCUGGUGGAGCGUACUAUUUGGGUUUAGAAGGAGCCAUCAUAGGCCCGAUCCUGCUCUGCAUUCUGGUGGUAGCAUCCAACAUCUACAGUGCCAUGCUGAUGAGUCCGAGCAGCAGCCAACCUACACCAGUGCAGAGCAACUUCCCUCAACAUCUGGGCAGGUCAUUCCUGGACUCUCCUCUGCUGCUGAAAAGAGUGAUAGAGUGAAAUAAAAAGCCUGAUUUGCUUUCCUGGCUGCUCAGCUGUUACUCGGCCUUCACUCACCAAGACUGGAACCUCCUCCAAAAACGGGCUCGGACGUCUCGGCCAAUAAAACUGUACCAGGAGGGCGAAUGAGCUCCAGAUCGGCUCAGAAUCAGUGUUGUAAAAAAAAAAAAAGCUAUGGAACUCUAAUGAAAACAGAUUAAUAACCUCAGCCUUAACGCUCAGCUUCUAGAGCCUGGGUUCUCUGAGUGCAAUAUUAUUCACACCUAAGAGCAAAGUUCAGUGAGCAGGAUCGUCUCAUGUCUAGCAUAGCAGCUACGACCUCAAAUAGCACUCUACAUUUGUUAGGGUCGUUGUUUACACGCAGCGUUUGAAUGGAAAAUCCACCACCGCUACGAUUUCACGGUUUUUAUUUGUAUCGUUAGUACGGUUGCAGUUUCUCAUUUGCCUUUUUUUUUUUUAAUUUUUAAAAAUUUUUGUAAUAUAAUGAGACAGCUUUUACCACCGUGUGUGUUUGUGUGUAUUGGCGGUUGCGACUUUCUGAUUACUAUUAUUUAACCGUUAAAAAAAAAAAAGUUUGGCACAUAUCGUAACUUUAUGAGCACUAGUCAUGUAUGCACUUGUGUGUUCUUGUGUGUCAGGUCAUGUUUGUAUGUCUUGGUGGGGACCAAGUCCCCACAAUUUUAGGAACAUACAGUAUGGCAGUUUUGAAUUUGUGGGGACAUUUUGCUGGUUCCUACAUGAAACUGAUUCCUGCUUUUGUUUAAAAAAAAUUUUUAAAUGCCAUAAUUAGCCAUUAAAUGCCAUAAUUACA